AUGGCGACGUUUCUCGAGAACUCGUACAGUCUUGUACACCAGGACAAUGCGGCCGAUGUCCCGUCCCAGAAUGAGUUCAAGCAAGCUCUGGAGAAGGGCAACGAUGAGCAGAAGAUCGAGACCAUGAAGAAGAUCCUGUCCAUAAUGCUCAAUGGCGACCCGCAAACAGGCCUUCUCAUGCACAUCAUCCGCUUCGUGAUGCCGAGCAAGUCGAAGCCAUUGAAGAAGCUCAUGUACUUCUUCUUCGAGGUGUGCCCGAAGCACGAUGCACAAGGAAAGCUCCGACAGGAGUGGAUUCUGGUCUGGUGGGUGUUGAAAUCGAAGCAACCCGUCCGCCAAUGUCUCACGCACCGACACGCAUAUGUCCGAAAGAACGCAACCUUUGCCGUCGCCAGCAUCUUCACACAUCUCCCGGAGCUCAUGCCAGAUGCCCCUGAUAUGUUGACAACUUUCUUGGAGGACGAGAACGACCCAACAUGCAAGCGCAACGCCUUCGCUGCUCUCGUCUCGGUCAGCCACGAGAAAGCGCUGGAGUACCUCAGCACCGUAUUCGACUCGAUCCCGAACCAUGAAGAGCUCUUGCUCCUUGCAGAGCUCGAAUUCAUCCGCAAGGAUGCCAUCGUAAACCCCAGUAACAAGGCACGAUACCUCCGCCUCAUCUUCGACCUUCUCGAGUCGCAAGUCUCGACUGUCAUCUACGAGUCAGCGCAUGCCCUCACCACCCUCACAAGCAACCCCGUUGCAGUCAAGGCAGCUGCAGGGAAGUUUGUUGAGCUUGCAAUCAAGGAGCCGGACAACAAUGUCAAGUUGAUCGUUCUAGAGCGUGUGGACCAGCUGCGCCAGAAGAACGAGGGUGUAUUGGACGACUUGACCAUGGAGGUGCUACGCGUCCUUUCGAGCACGGAUCUGGACGUGCGUAAAAAGUCUCUCAACAUUGCCAUGGAGAUGAUUUCCAGCCGCAAUGUUGAGGAAGUUGUCCUUCUCCUGAAGAAGGAGCUCAUGAAGACUGUCGACGAGCAAUACGAGAAGAACUCCGAAUACCGAUCAUUGCUCAUCUCGUCCAUCCACUCCGCAGCUAUCAAGUUCCCCGAAGUUGCUGCCAGCGUUGUAGGAUCCUUGAUGGACUUUAUCUCCGACGUCAACAGCAACGCCUCGGCGGUCGAUGUCAUCUCGUUUGUCAAGGAAGUCGUUGAGCGGUUCCCCGAUCUGCGCCAAUCGAUUAUCGAGCGCUUGGUUUCGACAUUGGGCGAGGUUCGUGCUGGGAAAGUGUACCGUGGCGUCCUCUGGAUCAUCGGAGAGUACUCUCUCGACGCCAAGGACAUUCGUGACGCCUGGAAGGGCAUUCGCUCCUCACUCGGCGAGAUACCCAUUUUGGCUUCUGAGCAAAGAUUGCUCGACGAUGCUUCCGAGGGCAAAGAGGCCGAACAAGUCAAUGGAAACGGAAAGCCCGCUGCUCCCACCGGUUCACGAAAGGUUCUCGCUGACGGCACAUAUGCGACCGAAAGUGCGCUCACAUCGUCAGCGGCAGCAAAGGCCAAGCUGGAAGCUGUCAAGAACUCACAAAAGCCCCCGCUACGCCAAUUGGUUCUCGACGGAGACUACUACCUUGCGACAGUACUCUCCAGCACAUUGACAAAGCUCGUCAUGCGACACGCGGAAAUCUCAAAGGACGCAGCCCGCACAAAUGCGCUACGCGCCGAAGCGAUGCUGAUCAUGAUCUCAAUCAUCCGCGUUGGCCAAUCUCAAUUUGUCAAGACUUUGAUAGACGAAGACUCGAUCGACCGUGUCAUGUCAAAGGAGCUGGAGACAGUUUUCUUGGAAGACACACGGAAGUCUUUCGCGGCGAUGGUGCAGACAGAAGAGAAGAAGCGCGCAGCAAAGGAAGCUUCAGAAAGGGCAAAGUCGGCUGUCAAUGUCGAUGACUCUUUCAACAUCCGUCAGCUGAAAAAGAAGGAUGCGGAUAGCAGCGAUGAGAUUGAGCAAGAUCUUGAGAGGGCGACUGGUGGCGACACGGCGACGGAAGAUAUGACUUCAAAGCUCAGCCGUGUUGUACAGCUUACCGGUUUCUCGGACUCUGUCUACGCUGAGGCCUAUGUCAAGGUGCACCAAUUCGAUAUCGUACUUGACGUGCUCCUAGUCAACCAAACGACGGAGACACUGCAAAAUCUCACAGUCGAGUUCGCUACGCUUGGCGACCUCAAGGUUGUAGAGCGCCCACCAACGCAGAACGUCGGCCCGCACGACUUCAUCAACAUCCAGGCAACCAUCAAGGUUUCGUCGACUGACACGGGUGUCAUCUUCGGCAACAUCCUGUACGAGGGCGAGAAGGGUGUUGACUCGAACGUGGUCAUUCUCAAUGAUGUUCACGUUGAUAUCAUGGACUACAUCAAGCCGGCACAGUGCACAGAGACGCAGUUCCGCACCAUGUGGACCGAAUUCGAAUGGGAAAACAAGGUCAACAUCAAUUCCAAGGCCAAGACUCUGCGUGAGUUCUUGAAGCAGCUCAUGGCAUCCACCAACAUGAGCUGCCUCACUCCCGAGGCGUCGAUGAAGGGCGACUGCCAGUUCUUGUCGGCCAACCUGUACGCCAGGAGUGUUUUCGGCGAGGAUGCUUUGGCCAACUUGAGCAUAGAACAGGAGGGCACCAGCGGCCCAAUCACUGGCUUCGUACGCAUAAGAAGCAGAUCGCAAGGACUGGCGCUGAGUCUCGGUUCGUUGAAGGGUCUCAACAAGGUCGGUGUGGCAUAA